CCUGACUUCCAAGCACACCCCUCCCCUCUGCACAGUUUACAGACAAUGAAGCGAGGAAGAAGACUUCCCGUACAGGUACUUCUGUCAAGGAUGAGAUUGGAUCGUUUUCGCUGCGGAAUCAAACACGUUUGACUGCCAACUCAGGACUGACUGUGGCGGCGUGACCUUCAAAGGUCAGAGUAUUGCUCUUGGAUGCUCCGCCGUGGUCUCCACUACUGCAUAUUGCACCGAAAAAGAGGACUCCGACAAAGAUGACAUCAACAUCGCCGGCUCACAGUGACAGCAGCGGCUCUUCUAAGCAGGAUAGUAACCAGGACAGUUGGGAAAUUGUGGAGGGGUUCAGAGGGGCGCCUGCCGUCAUGCAGCAGCCCGAGCAACAGGAGGGUUUCCUGCUCAAGAGGCGCAAGUGGCCCAUGAAAGGAUGGCACAAAAGAUAUUUUGUGUUGGACAAAGGCGUUCUGAAGUAUGCAAAACAUGGCACAGAUAUAAGGAAGGGAAAGCUGCACGGCUGCAUCGACGUCGGCCUCUCUGUCAUGGCAAUCAAGAAGUCCACCAUGUGCAUUGACCUGGACGCAGAGGACAACAUCUAUCACCUGAAGGUGAAGUCUCCCGAGCUGUUUGAGGAAUGGGUGACCAAGCUGCGUAAUCACCGCGUGUUUCGCCAGAACGAGAUCUCCUCCUAUCCCCAACAGCUACACCCACGCUACAGCCCCCACACCUUUUCCUCGCCCUCCCUCAGCGGCUCCUUGAGGAAAAGGGCUACUCUGCCCAAGCAGGCGUCGAUAAACCAGGCAAAGGUUAGCUCUUGGCUCCACUCCUCGGAGGACAUGAACAAGUGUGGCAAAGACUUGGAGGAGUGUGAAUCGUACCUACUGGAACUCAACCUGCUUCUGAGUAGUAUGGAGGCCAUGCACCGCACCUACUCUGCCCCAGCCAUCAGUGCGCUACAAGCGUCCACAUCUGAUAUCCCAAAGAAAGAGAAGAGGUCAAGGAAAUGGCGAUCCAAGAACAAUGGAAGAAAAGAUUCCAAAGCAGCGACCCAGACCAUUAAUGCCUCCAAUCCCAAUCUCCCGUUCAUGGAGGCCAACAGCCACGAGGUUUUUCCGGAAUCUCCAGACUCACCUACUGAUGUUUCUCGUAUGCAAGAGAACUUCUGCAGGCUAGCCAACAACAUCCACUCCACGCUGAAAUCAGCCUACAGCUCCCUGUCGGCAGAAAGAGAGCGACUGAAACACACCAUGGAAGUGCAAGCCCUGCAGCCCAUGCAGGUGACGGCCUUGAAGGCCGCCUAUGGCUCAGAGCUCUCAGAAGCCUCCCAUUCUCUGGUUCACCAGGCGUCGAACGAGAGCCGAGCAUCGAUCCCCGAGUCCAUUUCGGAGUUCUAUGAUGCCGAGGAGUACCUGCUCUCCUCUUCCUCUUCUGAGAAUGAGGCGUCAGACGACGACUCCUACAUCAGUGAUGUCAGCGACUGCAUCUCCGUGGACACCUGCAGCAACGAGGGGGGCAGUGAGAGACACAACUCGGUGAGCAGCGUCGGCUCCGUGGUCCGCCGCCGCCGCUCCACGCUCCCCUCUCCCAGUCCCGCCUGCAGCGUGAGCCUGUGGAACAUACUGAAGAACAACAUCGGGAAAGACUUGUCCAAGGUGGCCAUGCCCGUGCAGCUCAACGAGCCGCUCAACACUCUUCAGAGGCUGUGCGAGGAGCUGGAGUACAGCGACCUGCUGGACACGGCCAACAAGACCCCCAAUCCUUACCAGCGCAUGGCGUACGUGGCCACUUUUGCAAUAACUGCAUACACGUCCUCCUUCUAUCGAGCUGGGAGCAAACCCUUCAACCCAGUCUUGGGGGAGACGUUCGAGUGCGACAGACCUGACAAGGGCUUCCGGUUCAUAGCUGAACAGGUGAGCCACCACCCACCUGUGUCGGUAUGUCAUUCGGAUUCCAAGAACUUUAUGUUCUGGCAAGAUGUCCGGUUGAAAAAUAAAUUCUGGGGCAAAUCUAUGGAAAUAGUUCCGAUGGGAACGACCCACGUCACACUUCCUGCGUACGGGGAUCAUUACGAAUGGAACAAAGUGACCUCGUGCAUCCACAACAUCAUCAGCGGUCAGCGUUGGAUUGAACACUACGGCGAGAUGACCAUCAAAAACAUCAACAGCAGCAUGUGCGAGUGUAAAGUCACAUUUGUCAAGGCCAAAUCCUGGAGCUCUUCCGUCAAUGAGAUCGAGGGCGUUGUGACCGAUUCGGAAGGAAAAGUUGUGCACUCCUUGUUUGGAAAAUGGCACGAGUCCAUUUUCCAAGGAGACCCACCUUCUGCCACGUGCAUCUGGAGAGCAAAUCCCAUGCCGGUGGACCAGGAUCAGUACUAUGGCUUCACCCAGUUUGCCGUGGAAUUGAAUGAGCUGGACCCCACCUUAAGACCUCUGCUGCCCCCUACAGACACACGCUUCAGGCUGGACCAGAGGCUGCUGGAGGAGGGAAACGUGGAAGGAGCCGAGGAACAAAAGCAGAGGGUGGAGCAGCUCCAGAGAGAGAGAAGGAAAGUGCUGGAGGACAACAACAUGACCCACCAACCGCGCUUCUUUAAGAAGUCGGAGGACGACACGUGGGUGAGCAACGACACGUACUGGGAGCUACGCCGAGACCCCGGCUUCGCCAAAGUGGACUUCCCCGUUUUGUGGUGACGGCUGCGGCCGUGUUUUAUUCCGCUUGACCCCAGCGGAUCAUGGAGAAGGAAGUAAAAAACUGAAGUGAGACCUAAACUGUGUCGUGUUAACCCCAACUUCCUGUACCAUCCCAGCAGAUGGGCAUCCUCACUAUGAACCUUGAUAUUAACACUUCAUUAGUAACUUUUACAAAAGUGCCUUUUUAUUGCCGCGCUGCUGCGGCGCUUACUUAGUGACAUGAACUGACCAGAGAACUCUUUUUAGCCAUCCUCUCUACACCCUGACUUUACCAAGCAGGAAGGGUUGUGACUUUAGCCUUAGUGGGUGAAAAUGGCAAUAAUACUUCCAAAAGAAACAGCCAAUAAAAGACACCUUGGAUGUACAAGGAAA